UUUGCAUUCUUCAGUUCACUCUGGUAAGCAAACUUAAAAGCAAUUGCUUAGCUUCUCUUCCUUUCUUCCCAGUUACAAUCAACAUAGUGUGAUACAAACAAAAUCAUCAACAGUUCAACUUGGCCAUGCACCUCUGUAGUUUGGUGUCAAAACCAGAAAAUAGCAGCAGUAUUUCCAUGGCUGGUCUGUCAAACGUUUUGGAACCCUGCAACACAUUGGAAUGCCCUCACAGAGCUGUCCUUGCAUACCCCGUACAAGCCAAUUCUCAAUCCCUUCCACAAAUGAGUUUAUACUCAAUAACUUUGAAGUUUGAAGAAGUGGUUUACAAAGUUAAAUUGGAGCAGAAAGGAUCCUGCUGCGGUGGGAUAUCAAGCUCUGUGGAGAAGACCAUAUUAAAUGGAGUAACCGGUACGGUUUGUCCAGGAGAGAUACUGGCGAUGCUUGGACCAUCAGGCAGUGGGAAAACCACUCUCCUGACAGCCUUAGGAGGACGUCUUAGUGGUAACCUAUCAGGCAAGAUCACAUAUAAUGGUCAGCCCUUUUCAGGUUCCAUCAAACGGCGAACAGGAUUUGUUGCACAAUAUGAUGUCUUAUACCCUCAUCUCACUGUAAAUGAAACUCUCCUAUUCACUGCACUGCUAAGGCUACCAAAUAGCUUGACCAAGGAUGAGAAAGCUCAGCAAGUGGAGCGAGCUAUCACAGAAUUGGGACUAACUCGAUGCAGGAACAGUGUGAUAGGGGGGCCACUGUUUAGAGGGAUAUCAGGUGGAGAGAAGAAAAGAGUGACUAUAGGCCAAGAAAUGCUGAUCAAUCCAAGCUUACUAUUGCUAGAUGAACCUACAUCAGGUUUAGAUUCAACCACAGCUCAGCAGAUUCUGAACACAAUCAAACGGCUUGCUAGUGGGGGUAGAACUGUGGUCACAACCAUUCACCAACCCUCGAGCCGACUCUACCACAUGUUUGAUAAGGUAGUCUUGCUCUCUGAAGGCUGCCCCAUCUACUAUGGUCCUGCAUCGACAGCUUUGGAGUACUUUUCCUUAAUUGGUUUUUCCACGUCCGUCACAGUCAAUCCAGCUGAUCUCUUACUUGAUCUUGCCAAUGGAAUUGGACCUGAUCACCAGGAUAUGAUUGAGCAAAGAGAUAAUGCUGAACAAGAACAGAAGCCAGUGAGGGAUAUUCUCAUCUCUGCUUAUGAGAAGAACAUUUCUUCAAGGUUAAAAGCUGAAUUAUGCAGGUUGGAUGUCAACAACUACAAUUACAUAAAAGAUGUGUCCACAAGUGCGUGCCCCUCUUAUCCCACAAAUUGUGCAAACAAUGUAAAAUCAGAACAAUGGUGCACAAGCUGGUUGCAUCAGUUCAAGGUGCUGCUCCUGAGGGGGCUUAGGGAGCGGAGAUAUGAAGCUUUCAACAGGCUAAGAAUCUUCCAAGUCAUAAGUGUUUCUGUACUUGGGGGACUUCUUUGGUGGCACACUCCAACAUCCCACAUUGAAGAUCGUAUUGCCAUGCUUUUCUUCUUCUCUGUAUUCUGGGGCUUCUACCCUCUAUACAAUGCUGUUUUCACAUUUCCCCAAGAAAGAUCUAUGCUAAUUAAGGAACGCUCAUCUGGAAUGUACCGCCUCUCAGCCUACUUUUUAUCCAAAACUAUUGGAGACCUGCCACUGGAACUUGCACUUCCAACAGCAUUUACCUUCAUAAUCUAUUGGAUGGGUGGGCUUAAAGCCAAUCCUGUCACUUUCAUCCUUUCCCUUCUUGUUGUCCUUUACAAUGUCCUCGUUGCCCAAAGUCUUGGCUUAGCAAUUGGUGCCAUACUCAUGGAUGUAAAACAGGCAACUACUUUAGCCUCAGUUACAACACUAGUUUUCCUUAUUGCAGGGGGGUACUAUAUUCAACAAAUCCCUCCCUUCAUAGCCUGGUUAAAGUACUUGAGCUACAGCUACUAUUGUUACAAGCUCCUACUUGGGGUUCAGUAUAAUGAGAACGACUAUUAUGAGUGCACAAGUGGGGUGUAUUGCCGGGUUGCAGAUUUUCCUGCCAUAAAAUCAGUGGGUCUGAACAAUUUGUGGAUAGACGUUUCCAUAAUGGCCCUGAUGUUGGUGGGUUAUAGGCUCAUUGCUUAUUUAGCCCUGAACCGGGUGCAGUGAAGUAAGUUUUGCUGUGAACAACAGAUGCAUACAGGAGAGAGAGGAGGUAGAAAGAAGAUGAAGUUUUGCAGAGGAUGAAUUUGAUGAGGAAUAGAGUUCGAACAGUUUUCAAUUUCUUCAACUGAAUAAUAAUGUUUUACUUAGAUGAAAAUCAUGUUGCCAUAUUUUGAACAUUUCCAUACUAGAAUUAUGUACCACCUUUUAGCAAAUAGUUAGGCCAAAUAUGAACUUGAAAAUUUUACUUC